CUUUUCCCCUCUCUUUCCCCCCCUGGGUGGUUCUCUCCAGACAAGUUCUCUUCUGCAUGCCGACGGCGUGUCUCUAACGGCCUUCCCAGCUGGAAUUGGACGGUCAAUUCGAUCGCAACCCACUACCAAACCACAAGGAGCAUCGUCGAUCCGAGCGUUCUCCACCCGCCGGAAAUAAACAACAGAGUCUUCGUCCAUCCCCGUUAGGAGAGAGUGAUCCAAUCUUCAUUCAAAACCGAUUGAAUCACGCGCGAAGUCGCAUAGUCGCUUACUCACCAACUCGCUCCAAUCCAAUUUGUAUCAUAUCGCAACAAAAACACAGUCGCCAUGCCCCCAAAGACAGGACGCGGUCGCAAGAUAUCUUCGGCCCCUCGAGAGAAGACUAGCGCUGGUCGCGUGGAAAAAGAGAGCGCUGCAGGCCCCUCCAAGGCCGCUGCUUCGCCGUCGACCCGAGGUGGGCGCAAAUCGAGGGGAGGCAAGCGACCGGCCGCGUCGCCGCGGAAGUCCGAUGUCCAACCCGGUGACCCCACCCCGCAAGGCCGUAGCCGUCGCUACAAGCCCGGAACUGUCGCCCUGAAGGAAAUCCGCAAAUACCAGCGCACCUAUGAUCUCCUUAUCCAGAAGCUCCCCUUCGCCCGACUUGUGCGCGAGGUUGCGCUGGAGCUCCUCCCCGCCGACGUGGGCUCCGAGCUGCGCUGGCAGUCGCAUGCCAUCCAGGCCCUCCAGGAAGCUGCAGAGGCUUUCCUUGUCCACUUGUUCGAAGACACGAAUCUGUGCGCCAUCCACGCGAAGCGUGUCACCAUCAUGCAGAAGGAUAUUCAACUUGCUCGGAGAAUCCGUGGUGUCUGGGGUGGAUUGGGCUAAUUCUCACCUCCUGACGGUGACUGCCAGUCAUAAGAAGUGGGACAAAUCAAAAAACGAAAGAAAAAAAAAAAAAAACAUCAUUAUACAAGAGGGCAGGGGAGGGCACCAGCCAGCUAUGAAGUGCAACACGGGAAAGACUCCAGUUCACAGGAAAUCGUUGAAAGUCUAAUAACAUACUGCAAUUCCAUCAGUUCAUUCUGGAAUCUCGCCCACUCACACCCUUUGCUGUCUUUAUACCUAACCCCGAGGGAUCUCACUGAAAUGGCUUGUUGAUUUGGCGCAUGGGGUACUGGCGUAUGGGGGAAAGAACGGAGUUCGGUUAACAAGGGGGAUUUGAUUCAAAUCUCUGCUUUUUAUUGCGGUUUUAUGGCCUGAUGAUCUAUCUGUGUCUGUCUGGUUGGCUGUUUAAUUCUUUUCAUGUCAUUGAUUCCUUUCGUUCUUUUUCCUCCCUAAUGGUUAUUUUGUAAGAGCAGUAUAUUUAUGUAUGUUUUACCACUGCU